GUGCCCGGAGCAAUUCCCCACCGGACCCCGAGCCGACGUGGCGCGGCUGGAUCGCGCAGAAGUAAGCUUCCCUUUCGCCAAUCCACAUCCCCCAAGUCCUCUCCUCACUUCUCCCUCCCUCCCUCCCUCCAAUAAUUCUCUUCUCUCCUCUCCGCCUCCGCACCACCAUCGGAGAAAAGCCAGCGGGAAGGGGGGAAAUCAAUCCCCAUGCCCCCACCCCUCGCCGGACCAGAUCCCCGGCGGGCCGGCGCGGAGCCUUAGGCGGGGAUGGGCGGGGAGGCCCCGGAGCCGCGGCGGCUGAGCCGCGCGCUCAGCCUGGACGGCGGCGGCGUCCCGGAGGAGGCGCUGCACCUGGUGCUCGGCUACGUGGACGACCCGCGCGACCGCGAGGCGGCCUCGCUGGCGUGCCGCCGCUGGCACCACAUCGACGCGCUCACGCGGAAGCACGUCACCGUGCCCUUCUGCUACGCCGUGUCCCCGGCGCGCCUGCUCGCGCGCUUCCCGCGCCUCGAGUCGCUCGGGGUCAAGGGCAAGCCCCGCGCCGCCAUGUACGGCCUCAUCCCCGACGACUGGGGCGCCUACGCCCGGCCCUGGGUCGCCGAGCUCGCCGCCCCGCUCGAGUGCCUCAAGGCGCUCCACCUGCGCCGCAUGGUCGUCACCGACGACGACCUCGCCGCCCUCGUCCGCGCCCGCGGCCACAUGCUGCAGGAGCUCAAGCUCGACAAGUGCUCCGGCUUCUCCACCGACGCCCUCCGCCUCGUCGCCCGCUCCUGCAGAUCACUGAGAACUUUGUUUCUGGAAGAAUGUACAAUUACUGAUAAUGGCACUGAAUGGCUCCAUGACCUUGCUGCCAACAAUCCUGUUCUGGUGACCUUGAACUUCUACUUGACUUACCUCAGAGUGGAGCCAGCUGACCUCGAGCUUCUCGCCAAGAAUUGCAAGUCACUAAUUUCGUUGAAGAUUAGCGACUGCGACGUUUCAGAUUUGAUUGGAUUUUUCCAAAUAGCUACAUGUUUGCAAGAAUUUGCUGGAGCGGAAAUCAGUGAGCAAAAGUAUGGAAAUGUUAAGCUUCCUUCAAAGCUUUGCUCCUUCGGACUUACCUUCAUGGGGACAAAUGAGAUGCACAUAAUCUUUCCUUUUUCUGCUGUACUCAAGAAGCUGGAUUUGCAGUACAGUUUUCUCACCACUGAAGAUCAUUGCCAGCUCAUUGCAAAAUGUCCAAACUUACUAGUCCUUGCGGUGAGGAAUGUGAUUGGGGAUAGAGGACUGGGGGUUGUCGGAGACACAUGCAAGAAGCUACAAAGGCUCAGAGUUGAGCGAGGGGAAGAUGACCCUGGCAUGCAAGAAGAGGAAGGCGGAGUUUCUCAAGUAGGCCUAACAGCCAUAGCCGUAGGUUGCCGUGAGCUGGAAAACAUAGCUGCCUAUGUGUCUGAUAUCACAAAUGGGGCCCUGGAAUCCAUCGGAACGUUCUGCAAAAAUCUCCAUGACUUUCGCCUUGUCCUGCUUGACAAACAAGAGACGAUAACAGAUUUGCCGCUGGACAACGGUGCCCGCGCGCUGCUCAGGGGCUGCACCAAGCUUCGGAGGUUCGCUCUAUACCUGAGACCAGGGGGGCUUUCAGAUGUAGGCCUCGGCUACAUCGGGCAGCACAGUGGAACCAUCCAGUACAUGCUUCUGGGUAACGUCGGGCAGACGGAUGGUGGAUUGAUCAGUUUCGCAGCCGGGUGCCGGAACCUGCGGAAGCUUGAACUGAGGAGCUGUUGCUUCAGCGAGCGGGCUUUGGCCCUCGCCAUACGGCAAAUGCCUUCCCUGAGGUAUGUGUGGGUGCAGGGCUACAGGGCCUCUCAGACCGGCCGCGACCUCAUGCUCAUGGCGCGGCCCUUCUGGAACAUCGAGUUUACGCCUCCCAGCACGGAGACCGCGGGCCGGCUGAUGGAAGAUGGGGAGCCCUGCGUUGAUAGGCAAGCUCAGGUGCUGGCGUACUACUCCCUUUCUGGGAAGAGGUCCGACUACCCGCAGUCUGUUGUUCCUCUGUAUCCUGCGUGACUGUAAAUACAUUAAGCCGGUAUGGUGUCUCUCUGGGACGGCCCCUGGCUGGCCCUCUGCGCUUCUCGGGCAAUAAGGAUGUUUGUAUGUGGGUAUUGUAUGGAUCUGGUAGGUUUUCUAGCUGCUGUGUACUGGAAUAAGAGCAUUGGUAUUUUUGCCUGGUACUCCUAUCUAAUCUUAGGAAGAUGUAUACUACUGUACUAAGGAACAUUGUGCGAGUGCAACUGUGACACUAUUGCGCUUGCUUCGCAGGCAUAAGCUUGCCUGGUUUUCGCGGCCUGCCCAAGAUUUUAUCUGUUUGGUGAGUUUUUAUUUUU